GCACGACCUAUACUAUUGCCGCUUUCAUUCUGGUCUGACAUGUAAACAAAAACCAAACAAGUUAAAACAAUCCAUUGUUCGGCCAAUUGGCCAAUUGGUUAAACGAAAAUGAGUGAUAGCCAUAUUCAGAUAGUAGAACAUGAAGAAGAAGGAGCUAUGGACGUAAUUCUGUACCUAAUAAAAAACGAUUUGCCGAAAGCAGUCGUCGUUGACCUGGAUGUGGAAAUCGACAAAUUAGCUGGAGUCAAACAUUUCAUCGACUUCGGCGCGUACGUUCAGAUUGAAUUUGUCAACAAAACGCACACAAACAAUGCGAGAGAAGCAGGAUUUAAGUACAUCGUAAAUGGGCAACACCAUCAAUGUGUCUAUGCAACUUUUAGUCGUGUUUCGAGAUAUGCACAAAACAAUUUCCCGGCUCACCUUGGAGUUGGAUUUUAGUUGGCGAUUCUUUUUUUCAAUUAACGAAAUGAUAACUUUUGAUUUUGUUGUGACUAACCGUAAGAUCCAACUUACUUUUUUCUUUGUUUAAAAAACUUUGUGCAUAUAGUCCAACAUGAACAGAAUAUUCUAGAAUUAUAUAAUUAUAGGCUAGGAAUAGUAAAUAACAAAAUGUAUAAAAGUAGGACUCAGAAAGAAUUUUAGUUAGUUACAUACAAGCUGAUGAUGGCAAAUAUGCCGAAAUGCAUCCGAUGCUAAUAAACCAAAUUUGUAAGAUCAAAAACGGUGUUUUUUGUAACCCUUCUAUAACUUAUU